AUGGGCAACUUACCUGCUCCACGCGUGACGCAAAAUUUUCCUUUCCAAAUAAGUGGUGUUGAUUUUGCUGGGCCAUUUUUAAUAACUGAUCGUAAGGGUCGCGGCUGUCGUAUAACUAAAUGUUAUUUAUGUCUUUUUAUCUGUUUCGCCACAAAAUCCUUACACCUCGAAGUAGCAAGUGAUUUGACUACAGAUAUUUUUAUUUUGUUUUUAAGACGAUUCAUUUCUCGUAGAGGGAAGCCAAGUGAAUUAUUUUGCGACAAUGGUACAAACUUUAUAGGUGCUAAUAAUGAAAUUAAUAGUUUUCUCAAGUCGAGCAAUGAACGCAUCUACACAUAUGCCGCUAGUGAAGGCAUUAAAUUUAAAUUUUCACCUGCUUAUUCCCCCCAUUUUGGAGGGAUCUGGGAAGCAGGCGUGAAGUCCGCUAAAUUUCACAUACUUAAAAUUUUGGGAAAUCAACAUUUGACGUUCGAGGAGUUGUCUACUUUAUUUGCUCAAAUUGAGGCUCUCCUUAAUUCCCGUCGCCUAACUCCACUGUCAACUGAUCCUAACGACCUAUCUCCUUUUACCCCUGGCCACUUCUUGAUUGGCAGAGCAUUUACAUCAUUACCUUCACCUGCUCUUCUGGAUAUUAACGUUAACCACCUGGAUCGAUAUCAAAAACUUGAACGUAUCCGGCAGCAUUUCUGGGAAAGGUGGCGACAUGAGUACCUCAGUGAAAUACAACAACGGAGCAAAUGGCAGACGAAGCAAAAUUCAGUUCAAGAAGGAGACAUGGUUGUCUUAAAGGACCCCAAUUUACCUCCACUACAAUGGCGUGUAGGACGAGUUAGUCGUCUUUAUCCCGGCUCAGAUGGCGUUACAAGAGUUAUCGAUGCUCAUACUGCUAAGGGCAUCCUGCGUCGAGCAGUUGCGAAAGUUUGUCUUCUACCGACUUCUUCAAGCUCAUUUGUAACCUCUCGAAUCCUGGACGUAUUCGAGGGGGGGAAGAUGUUCACGCCGUAUAGACGGCAGAGCGGGGCGGACACGGACGAGAGAAAAAAUUAG